AUGAGCCAUCCCUCGCUGCCGCUCUCCUGGGAGCAGAUCCACGCCUGCAAGGGCCCCACGCCCUCCUACCACGAGCUCCCGCCGCAGAUCCCGCGGCGCGUGGGGUCGCAGCGAUCGUACGCGGACAGCCUGGUGCUGAACGACAACCUGGUGUCGCAGACGACGGGCUCGGAGGACCUCUCGUACAUCCACAUGCGUCGGAACCAGUACGAGGAGGCGCUGUUCCGCUGCGAGGACGACCGAUUCGAGGUGGACGUGAUUCUGGAGACCACGCGGUCGGCCAUCGCGCAGCUGCACUUGCUGAGCAGCGAGCUGGAGGCCGUGCAGGAGACGCAGGAGACGCAGGAGACGCAGAAGGACGCCUAUCGGCUGCGGGACGACGCGCUGUCCGCCAUCCAGCUGGCCGCGAUCCGACGCGUGUACGCGCACAACGGCAUGGACCAGGAAGUGGUGAAGCUGCUGUUCCUGAACCCGCGGGACUGCAUCCCGCGGAUCCUGGAGCGACUGGAGGCGAAGGAGAAGGAGUGGAUGGGGGAGAAAGUGCUGAUGAACGAGCGCUGCCGCGAGAUCCAGAAGCAGAACUACUACUUGUCGCUGGACCACCGCAGCUUCUACUUCCGGCAGACGGACAAGAAGGAGAUCACCACGAAGGUGCUCAUCGACACCAUCAAGGACCUCGCCGCCAAGCACGCCGCCGACCAUCCCCACGCCAAGGGACGAUUCGACCAGGGAGACCCGCAGUUCCGCUUCGCCUUCGCCAACCGCGUGGUCCACAAGCAGGUGCUUCGCCUGCUCCUGGUCGCGGGGAAGCGGCAGUUCGCGCGCGGGGAGAUGGUGGGUCUGGGAAACGCCCGUGACGUGCAGAAACGCUUCCACGCGCUGCUGCAGGACCUGGUGAUUUCCUUCUUCCGCCUCACGCCCAACUUCAUCGCGUCCGCGGAGAUCGUACGCGCUGGCGGCCCGGCUGAGCGGCAGGAGAACAGCGGCGUGCAGUACGCCGUCGGCACGCGCGUGGACACGCCGCAGGGCGUCGGCGUCGUCGCGCGCUUCGACGCGGAGUCCAAGCUCUACACCGUCACGCUCCCCGACCGCCAGGUCGAAAUCCCGCGGGGAGAGAUCCUCGUACACCCCAAGUCCGAAACGCCCGCCUCCUCCGACGAAACGGACCUGCCCGACGAAACGCUCGCUCCAGCGUCGGCGUCGGCGUCUGGAGUGGAUGCAGGCUCCGCUUCGGCUUCCGCUUCGGCUUCGGCUUCGGCUUCGGCUUCGGUGAAAAAAGCGGAGGAUUCGGAGGAACUGGGCGACGAGGCGCCCGUGCAAAUCGAGUCGGAUGGUGGGUUCGGAGGGUCCGAUUGA